AUGAUGUCUCUGACGCAUGGCACGGCGGUAGGACUACCGGGCCGUGUGCCCGUGGAUCUCCGGCCAAGCCAUGCUCCCGCGGCCACGCGGGCCACGCGGCGAUCUGAGGAUGACUUGCUUGGCCCUGGGCCGCGUUGGUCACGUGCUUCCAUGAUGGGAGUGACCAUUGCUGCGGUGCCGGUUAUCGCAGCACAUUUCAGGAGGUCGGUACGUUCGCGACAUCGCCAGCGGCAAUCCUUGGACCGGGCGACCUUGGGCCGCCGUUGGACUGGGAUGCGCGCUGGGCCCGAGCUGAAGCUGCCUCCAUCAGCGUGUAAAGGCGAGAUCGCUGGUGUGGAGGUUUACAUCAUUGGCACGGCGCAUAUCUCCGCCCGAAGUGCUGCGGAUGUCGAGGAGUUGGUAUCCAAGGUGCAACCGGAUGCCAUUGUGGUGGAGUUAAGUCGUGAUCGCAUCAGCAGCCUCUAUCCCCUGGGUGCGACGCAUUCCAGGACUGGAUCCCUGGAGCUUGAUCUGGAGCAAACUCCCCGGGGCUUUCCGGUGGUGCUUAGGGCCAAGUCCUCUGACUCUGGAGAGGAUGGUCAACUGAUCCUUCGAAACGCUGGAGAUGACAAGGUUGACGUGGUGAACAUGAGGAAGCCUUUGUCCAGCUUCAGUGAUGGGAAAUGGCUUGAAACUGCUUUUCAGAAGCAUCGUUAUCGCAGCAAGACGCUGAAGAUUUGGCCGGCCAUUGAGCUGAUGCUUUCCAUGGCGAAUCAACUCUUUCCCUUGGCCCAGCGGGCCUUCUACUCGUCUGUCUCCACCGUUUCCCACAGUGGCGGCGAGUUCGCGGCCGCCGCGCGGCUGGCGCGUGCGUCUGGAUGUCCGAUCAUUUUGGGCGAUGUGGAAAAUGAGGACCUCUUCGACCCCAUGGGUGCUUUGGAGGUGACCCGUGAGGAUCCAUUGCUAGUGCGCCUGGGUGGACCCUUCAUACGGCCCAGCAAAGGCGGUGUAGAUUUGAUUGAGGCCCUGAAACACGUCUUUGCUGACAUCGCCAAGCCCGGUACUGGAGCCAGGCUUGGAGCCUUUUACCUGGUCUUGUUGGUCUAUGGCUUCAUUCUGGAUGAACGGGCGAACGCCGUGGACCUGAGCUCAAUCGUGCCGUUGAUGCUUGCAAUGAGCACGACCAAUACGAUGGUGGCAGCAGCAAUCAUUUUCCUCCUCACUGCCACGCGUGAUGAACAGCUUUUUCGCGCUGUAGAAGAAGCAGCCCAUUCAGUCCUGGACAAGAAAGGGAAGGGUAAGGUGGUCCUGGUCUGCGGCGUUGCACAUGUGCUACCCGGCAUUUGGAUGGGAAACACGCAAGCGAAGCCCCCGCGACAUGCCAGCAUGGAAAAUCUUUACGAAACAGGUCAAGAUCGCAAUCUGGGCAGUUUCCCGGCAAAGCUCCACACCGAUUUGAGGCAUGUGGUGGAGAUGCUACGCCGCCGGAAACGGCCACGCUUCUCAGGUGAACGGCUGUCCCUGUUGGAAGAAGCCAUUGCGUCAUCGCCCUACAGGUCUUUGGAAGAACUGAGACAACAGAUCGAGGCCUGGAGGGAAGAGGACCGCGCCGGCUUCGAUGCGAACCGCUACUAUGAUUCCGACCGCACGGUGGGGUACACGGAGCACAACCGCGGGUCCCAGGACACCCUCACGCGGCGCAGCCUUCAACUCUCCUCUGUGCCCACGGAGGGGCCGGCCCAGGACACCAUUUUGGCGGUGGACCUGGGUUGCGGCAGUGGCCUCUCAACCCUCAGUGCGCUGAACGCCGCGAACGGCCUGGGCGUCAUCGGGCUGGACCUGUCGUCCGAGAUGCUGCGCGCGGAGGAGUGGAAGGAGGCGAAUCCGCGGCGACCUCUGGCGGGCGAGCGACUGCGGGCAGAUUUGGCGCAGCCGCUGCCCUUCAGAGAUCACAUCUUCGAUCUGUGCUACAGCGUUUCAGCCGUUCAUUACUUGGCCUCCGAUUCCCUGACCCAGUCGGCGGCUCGGCGGAUCGGUCAACUGACCAGCAGCGUCAAGCGGAUCUUGAGACCCAAGGGGAGGCCGUGUACGCUGCAGGCCUAUAUGACCCGCGAGUCCAAUGCCGUGGAGACCUUUCGGCAAGUGGCGCUGCGCGAUGGAUGGGACAUCUGUGAACUCGUGGUUGAUCAAUCCCAUGGGAAGGCGGAACGUGAUUUUCUCUAUCUUUCCCACGGCCUUACGCCAUCCGCGUCACGUCCACCUCGCUGUGCCCUGUACCGCCACUGCAGCGCCACCUGUGCCUUGGCCCUCGAGACUUGGGCCAAGGGCCCGGAAACGUGGCCAGUACACCUGGACGGCGCGCACAGAGCUUGGCUGGUCCGAGAGCAUGACCGCUAUGCCAGACGGAUCCUGCGCUUGCAGAAACGAUGUGAUGAUGGAGCGCCACUGGAUCAUUCCUCCCCUGGAGCAGAGGAGCAGAUCUUGGCCGAUCGUUUGCGCAAAGCUUCUGAGUGCGCUGAUGAGGAAGCACGUCUCUCGAUGAUCUUGAAUGUCCUUCACUCAUGA